GAAGCGCUAACUCAUUUCGGGCGUCGGCUAGACCCUUCAUAAGCAUGCUGACACCGAUCUCACAAGUCCGAAAUUCACACCAUAUCAUUAACUCUUUUGAUAGCAAGCCGCAUUUUGUAUCAGAAGAGUCUGUCGAUUCGCUGUAAGUAAUAUAUUCCAUUGAAUCGCAGAAUUACUACAAGAAAUGGGUUCAUUGAACGUGGGACAGGUCACAUCGGAUAUCGCAGCCGUCAAUGUCGCACCGCUGCCCCCGCGCGACGUCCUGCUCAGCGUCAGGACCGGCAAAAUUCGAGCGUUGGCCGGCGUGAAGAUCCGAAGCGCAAUCAACAAACAAGAGCGCCAAGGAAAGAUUGAGCUUACUUCCACGGGCCUUAUCGGCGACGAGGUUCAAUAUGAGGCACAUGGAGGCCCUGAGAAGGCGUUGCAUAUGUAUUCCGCCGCCCAUUACGACGCUUGGAACAAGGAGGUCCCAAACCGCGAACAUCUAUUCAAGAUUGGCGGCUUUGGUGAGAACUUGUCAGUCCGGUACCUGAACGAAGGCAAUGUGUGUGUCGGAGAUAUCUUCAAGGUUGGGAGCGAGGUCCUCCUUCAAGUCAGCGACGUGAGACAGCCCUGCUUCAAGCUGAAUCAUCGAUUCGAGUACAAGAAAACGUCUUCCAUCACUCAAAACUCCGGACGCACUGGUUGGUACUAUCGAGUACUCAAAACAGGCUAUAUCCGGGAGGGCGAUACCUUUGAGCUAAUUGAACGUACCCACCCUACUUGGCCGCUGUCGCGUAUCCAAAAGUAUCUCUACCAUGAUGUCAACAAUGCUGAAGCUAUGAAGGAGAUCACCCAGCUGCGCGGACUCGGCGAAGAGAUGGUUAGUGUCUUCACCAACCGCCUCGUCAAAGGCGCAGAGGACUUUAGUGGGCGGCUUGAAGGUGAUCGCAUACCUGUUGUCUGGCAAUCAUACCGGUUGGUCGAGAAAAACGACUUGACGCCGAGGGUAAAGAGAUUUGUCUUCGAGAUUGAUGGGUCUAGUGCUGACAACGAGAGCUCGGGUUUUGGCCGAUUUCCUCAUGUUCGCCUACAGUUCGGACCCGAUCUCGCCUUCUCGAGAGCCUAUUCCGUUGUCUCUGGAGAUAUGAAGCGAUUUGAACUGGGCAUUGCGCGAGACGAUAAAUCCCGGGGCGGUUCCGUCUAUCUACACGAUCAUGUGCACGUGGGUGAUGUGGUAACUGCUGCAAAAGGGCACGAAGCUCAAACCCCAAAGACUGACCAUGUCGACAAUGAUCAAAGUAUGAAGCACAUCUUCGUUAUUGGUGGCAUUGGAGUUACAGCCUACGUUCGCGAUAUUGCGAUGCUCUCUCAGACAUCCGCAGACUUUCAGAUCCACUACGCUGUGCGGAGCCGCAACGAGGCUGCCUAUCUCGAUUUACUGCCCGCGAGUAAGACGACUGUAUACGCCAAGGAUGAAGGACGUCGCCUCGAGCUUGCCCGCAUCAUACCUACCGCUAAGAUGGCGAUGAUUUACUGUUGUGGCCCUACCUCCUUACUGAGCGGGUGCAAAGAUCUCACGAAGAAACUUCGCUACCCACAAAACCUCGUUUAUUUCGAAGAGUUCGGUAGCGCCACAACAGGGACUGGAAAUCCGUUCGAGGUUGAAGUCAAAUCUACUAAGCAAGUCCUACAAGUACCGCAGGACAAGUCCCUCCUGCAAGUUUUGACAGAGGCUGGGUUUGAGCUAGAGUCAUCCUGUUUGGUUGGAAAUUGUGGAACGUGUAUGGUUGACUACUGUAGAGGCGAAGUCGAACAUCGCGGCACUGCGCUCGAUGACGAGAUGAAGGAGGAGUCUAUGCUGUCUUGCGUGAGUCGCGGGAAAGGAAGGGUAUUGAUCGAUUGCUAGUGCAGUAAGGCAGUUACGUGUCGUCAUUAUCAUGGCACGGAAAGAUUAUAUCCCGCGAUAUACUGUGGUGGUCGUUGCGUAUUAGAUCGAGGUGAAAUGAAUGAUGUUAUUUGAUGAA